AUGUCGAGUGAAGGUGAAGAUGAUGUUGGAGUUUUUGAUUUAUUUCCACCAAGUGAAGAUAUAGAGAUUUAUAAAUAUAAUUUUGGUGAUUUAGAAUUGAGUAUUCGAGGUCAAGAACUACAGAAUCAGAAUAUACAACCAUCAACAGGUCUUUUGCCUUGGCCAGCAGCAUCCAUUAUGUCAUCUUUCAUCGCGAAGCAUAAUGAACUCUUUGUCGAUAAGAACGUGUUGGAGUUGGGUACUGGUGUCGGUAUAUGUGGUUUGAUUGCGUCGCGAUACGCUCGAUCAGUAUUGCUCAGUGAUGGUGAUACAGCAACUUUUGACCAACUCAACAAGAAUAUCGAGCUGAAUUCACAUUUAUACAAUGUAAAUGGUCCAUCGUCGUCAUCGUUGUCACAAUCAAAGAAACCUAAAGCUAUCAAACUGCGUUGGGGUAAAGAUGAAACACUGGAGCAAUUGAAAUCGGAUUUAUGUUUUCAACCAUACGAUAUCAUCAUUGGAUCUGAUCUUAUCUAUCAAGAUUCAAGCAUUGAACCACUUUUCUAUACGGUCAACCAACUUCUUGCAGAAACGUCGGAUGCUACCUUUUAUUUAUCGUUUUUAGAUAGAAAGAAUCAUUUACCAACAGUCGAAAGAGUAUCUAAACAAUUUGGAUUCAAUUUAAGUUAUUUGUUCAAACAAAUACUCUCAAAUAAUAAUAAAGUUAUUCUUUUAAAAAUCGUAUUUUAA